GAUCUAGACUGGCCUGCGCUGAGGUCGCUCAGUCUGUCCGCGGCAGCGAUGACCUCCUGGAACAAGGGUAGUAGUUGCCUGGCGGCCGCCUUGCUACAAGACCAAGUGGCCAUCGUCACCGGCGGGGCCACGGGUAUAGGAAAGGCUAUCGCGAAGGAGCUCCUGCAGUUGGGGAGUAAUGUGGUCAUUGCAUCCCGUAAGUUUGAUAGGUUGAAAUCUGCUGCAAGAGAACUGCAGGACAACCUACCUCCCAACAGCCAGGCUCGAGUCACUCCCAUACAAUGCAACAUCCGGAAUGAAAAGGAGGUGAAUAGUCUGGUCAAAUCUACCUUAGAUAUUUAUGGUAAGAUCAAUUUCUUGGUAAACAAUGGAGGAGGCCAGUUCCUUUCCCCUGCUGAACACAUCACUUCAAAGGGAUGGUAUGCUGUGAUUGAGACCAACCUGACGGGCACCUUCUACAUGUGCAAAGCAGUUUACAACUCCUGGAUGAAAGAGCAUGGAGGAUCCAUUGUUAAUAUCAUUACCCUUACUAAAAGUGGAUUUCCAUUCGCUGCGCACACUGGAGCUGCAAGAGAAGGUGUUUACAACCUCUCCAAAUCCUUAGCUUUGGAAUGGGCCCAUAGUGGAGUAAGGAUCAAUUGUGUUGCCCCUGGAGUAAUUUAUUCCCAGACUGCAAUGAACAACUACAGUGAUUUGGGACAAGACCUUUUUGAAGGGUACUUUAAGAAUAUCCCAGCUAAACGACUUGGUGUUCCUGAGGAGAUCUCCCCCCUGGUGUGCUUCCUGCUGUCUCCUGCAGCUUCCUUUAUCACUGGACAGUUGGUGGAUGUGGAUGGGGGCCAGGCUCUCUACACCCAUUCAUAUGAGAUACCAGGUGUUGAUUCCAUGAGCACUGCCUAAUAAAUCUCCUGUACCUCCAUCUCAGAGUCGCCUUCCCUGAGAACCCAAUCUACGAUACCAGAUUUUUUACAUGGUUACAUGAGGUGCUCCAGAGAAGGAACAAAGGUCUGCACCUCUUCUAAGUUGAGACGCUUUGCUCUUUUGCUACUGGAGGCUGUCUGUGGGUGCUAGAGGUCUUCUCUCCUGGUUUUACAAUUUUUUAAGGUCUUUAAAUCAACCUCUUCUGGGUAUUGGUGGGGUGGCAAUUAAGGAUUUUGCCUUUAUUUGUAAGCUUUACGAUCCUACAAAAACCAUUCUCCUAUCUGGCCAAGAUGUGCAUUUUCACACAUUCUCUUAUAUUUUCAAGGACAUCAUGGUGCCAGGAACCAGGAAAGGCAUAUACUCAAAUUUUGGGUCAAAUUGGUAUACCAGUUCAUCUUCAUAAUCCAUUUUCUAUAAGCAAGAAACCAUAUUUGUUUAACAUCAACUGUGCAGGGACAGCUCUCUCCUGGACUAAGGAACACUCAUGAUUAGUCAAAGGACCCUAGGGACAAAAAAUAGGGCGCCUAGUCUUCUUAUGGGGAAUAUAGGAAAGAUGUAAGAGAUGAGGAGGGGUGGCUCAGUUUACCAUCCCUACCCGAAGCGACAAGGCCUUUCUAAACUGAAAACAACUCAGAACCAGAGCUCAUAGAGAGAAGACUCUGGGAGGCUCAGCCUGGGGAGGGAGAGUGGAGCUUCCAGAUGCAUCUUAAAACCUCACAAAGCUGUUGAAAGGGGCAUUCGUGGCAUAUACUUCAAAGAGGCCUCCACUUUGGUUUAGCAAAACAUUUAAGCAUUUAUCAGUUUGAGAGUUCGACCUGUCCCCUGGUCUUGGUACUGGCAUGUAGUGCUGUGCUGUCAUGGGGGCCGACUGCCAUCUUCCUCUAGCAAAGGCUCACUGGCAACGCUUUUUGGGGACCAGCCUCUCUCCCUCCCACUUCACCGUCUCUGUUCCAUCUUCUCCCCAUUCCCUGCUCCUCACAUUGAGUAUGAGCACUCCUCACACUUCUCUUCCAUUACCACCCAGAACGAUAAAGUUCUCUUUCUCUCCCUCCUAGCCCAUUUAUCCGAGGGAAUUUUCACAUAGCCAAAAUGGUCCACCAAUGCAUUUCA